CACACUUCAACAGACCACUCUAUGCUCUCACACACACACACACACAUACACACCCCCUUUCCACUAAAGUCACUCCGUCAGUGCACAUUAGACCUAUUCACUCCCUCCACACACACACACACACUUAACACACGCGAUGGUGGAGGAAUCUUUAUCUGGCCAGCUUCUCUACAUGAUGGGUGUGCUGCUGGCUGUGUUCUCCAUGUCCAUGUCCACCUCAGUGGUGGUGCGUGAGGGUCAGUCGGUCCAGAUGAACUGUUCAUUUGACGUAAAGGAGACGGGAUUCACCUCAGUCACCUGGCUGAGACAGACCGACCAGUCCACUCCAGUGUCCAUCCUCACAGCUUUGUAUAACUACCAGAAGAAUGAUGCAAGGAAAGCAAAUUACCACAAUGGAUUCAGCAGCAAACGCUUCACAUGGACUAUAGUGGCCAACAGCAUCUACACGUUACAGAUCAGAGAUGUGAGUGUGUCUGACUCUGGACUUUACUACUGUGGGAUGCAGCCUGUGGACCACAUGGUCUAUCACAAUGCCACCUACUUAACCAUCACAGAUCAGACUGACGCUGAACCUACAGAGAAAGUAAAAGAGAAAGGCUGCUCCCUCAGUGGUGUGUGUACAUCUGUGGUGUUGGCUCUGGGGGUCCUCAGCGCUGCUUUGAUCCUCGUGGUUCUAGUUCUGGUUCUGACCAAACACAAAGAUGGACUCCACUCAGAUCCUGGUGAUGAGACACAGUCUCCUCCUGAGCAGGAGUCCGGCGUGCUGAGAUAUUCAGCUCUGGGAUUGGCUGAGAGGGAGGAGAGGAGGCGGACCUUCCACAGAGAGGACACAGAGUCACGCGUGUUUUACUUUGCUGCAAGAUAAAGACUCAAACUACAUCAUACGUGUGCACUGACGCUGAUGAUUUUACUAUUACACAUUGUUAGUAUUAAAUUAGUGUAGUUUGGUUUACUACUUUAAA